GAAGCCAUCAAGCUUUUUUCACAUUCCUGCUGUUGAUUUCAAACUCAAAACAAAAGCAAGAGCUAGAACUUCUUAACAUGGAAAUAAAAUGAAUAAUAUGAACACUAUAAUAAACCAACAGUUUUGAAACGCCCAUUAACUGGCAACUACCUUAAAAUGUGUUACCAAGGAAUUGCCGCAACACUUAAAAAAAAAAAACGAUUACUUUCAUUGUAACAGUGAUACUUUCAUUUCUUGUUUGUGAGGGAAAGAGGAAUGGCUGAGUUUUGAGGUAGGCACAUAUUUAACCCUCCCAUUCAUCAUGAAAACACUCAAAUAUACCCUGUUCAGUUAGCCAGGAGUCAUUAGUACUAACAAGACUGAAAAAAUUAAGAACAUCAUGACUGAAGACUUUACAUAUCCUGAUUACGUUACACCAGAAGACCAACUAUGUCGCAAAGAGGAGGUAGUGAAAGUCGGAUCCAUUGUUAUCCCAGUUUUUUUCACUCUUCUGGUUGUAUUUAGUUGCAUCGGUAACAUCCUUGUUCUGGUCAUCCUGGUGCUCUACGAGAACCUCAAAUCCCUGACCAACAUCUUCAUCCUCAAUUUAGCUCUGUCAGAUCUGCUGUUCACGUUUGGACUUCCAUUUUGGGCCUCGUACUACAUCUGGGGUUGGACGUUUGGAGACAGUGGCUGUAAAGCGGUGAAGUUUCUGUUCUAUGUUGGCUUUUACAGCAGUGUGUUGUUCUUGACUCUCAUGACUAUUCAGCGUUACAUGGCAGUGGUUCAUCCUCUGUCUGACUGGGAGAAUUGCAGAGGAUUUUCAGUCGCUCCUUUCGUCAUCUGGAUCCUGAGCGGAACAGCUGCACUGUCAGUCUCACUCCGUAGCAUCAUCUUGCUACAUGAUAAUAAUCUUUACUGUGAAUUUGACAGUAUUGGAGCAAAACAUGUCGCUAUUUAUUUACAAAGCAUUUUUUUCUUGAUUGCAUUUUGCAUCAUGGGAUUUUGCCAUGUCAGAAUGUUUCUGAUAAUCAUACGGUCCCGAACAAAGCUGCGAAAGAAGACUAUCAAACUAAUAUUCUGCAUCGGCCUGGUGUUCUUCAUCGGCUGGGCUCCAUACAACAUUGUGAUGCUCUUGAGAAUUUUGCAGGAUUAUGUUUUAACUCCAUUCACAGACUGUAAGGUAUCUAUUCGUCUUGAUUAUGCAUUUUACGCUUGCCGACUGUUGGCUUUUUCACACUGCUGCUUAAACCCAGUGCUUUAUGCUCUAAUUGGAGAAAGAUUCCAGAAACAUUUACGGAUGAUACUGACGAAAAUGUGUCCAAAAUAAAGCAAUACCCUAAAAAGAA